AUGCGCCCCGCGCCCGGCGCCCCCCGCGCGGCCCCGCCCCCCGCCCGGCUGCAGCCCCGGUUCCCGCGCGGCCGGAGCGGCUCGGGCAGCAGCGGCGGCGGCAGCGGCGGCGACACCGGCAGCGGCAGCGGCAGCGGCAGCAGCGCGGGCGCCGAGCGGGAGGACGACGACGAGAGCGCCAGCAUCAGCAGGCCGCUGGUGCCCGCCGGGCCCCCGGGGAGCGCCGCCACCUCCUGCGCCUCCACGCCCACCUCCCCGCGUAGCAUGACCGCCGCCGACCUGGGCGCGGGCGCCGUGGCCGGGGCCGUCGGGGGCGCGGGCGGCGCCAGCCCCGGCCCCUCCUGCCGUUCGUGUUGCUGCUGCUGCUGCGGUCGCCGGGCCCGGCCGGGCCGCGGGGGUGGGCGCCGCGGCUGCGCCCCCGGCCCGGGCUGCCGCUGGGGCUACCAGGCGCUGUCCGUGGCGCUGCUGCUGGCGCAGGGCGGCCUGCUGGACGUGUACCUCAUCGCUGUCACCGACCUGUACUGGUGCUCCUGGGUCGCCACCGACCUGGUGGUCGCGGCGGGCUGGGCCAUCUUCUUCGCCAAGAACAGCCGGGGCCGUCGGGGCGCCGCGCACACCCACCACCCGCACCACCCGCACGCCGCGCCCCUGCACCUGCCCGCCGCCCCCGCCGCCGCUGCCGGGGCCAAGGCGCGCGGCGGCCGCGGGGGCGCGGGCGGCCCGGGGCCGGCGGGGGCGGCCGGCGCGGCCGGCGAGUUCGCCUUCGCCUACCUGGCCUGGCUCAUCUACUCCAUCGCCUUCACGCCCAAGGUGGUGCUCAUCCUGGGCACGUCCAUCCUGGACCUCAUCGAGCUGCGCGCGCCCUUCGGCACCACAGGCUUCCGCCUCACCCUGGCGCUCUCGGCGCCGCUGCUCUACUGCCUGGUGCGGGCCAUCGGAGAGGCGGGCGCCACCCCCGGCUCCGCGGGCCCCCUGCUCCUGCAGCCCCAGCGGCACCGCGCCGCCGGCUGCUUCCUGGGCACGUGCCUGGACCUGCUGGACAGCUCCGCCCUGGUGGAGCUGAUGCUGGACGGCCGCGCGCCGCUGCCCGCGCACCUGCGCUACCUGCUCCUCGCCGCCUACUUCCUCGCGCUCGCCUCGCCGGUGCUCUGGCUCCACGAGCUCCACGCCGCUGCCGCCUCGCCCCGGGGCCGGGCCUCGCGGCCGGGAGGCUGCAGCCGCCUGCUGCGCCUGCUGGGCGGCUGCCUCGUGGACGUACCCUUGCUGGCGCUGCGCUGCCUGUUGGCCGUGAGCUACCAGCAGCCGCUCUCCGUCUUCAUGCUCAAGAACCUCUUCUUCCUCGGCUGCCGCGGCCUGGAGGCCCUGGAGGGCUGCUGGGACAGGGAGCCCCCAGCGUCCCCGAGUCGGGCCUGGGUGGGCUACGGCGCUCCGCCCUCCGCCCCGUCGGCGCCGGGAGCCCCCCAGCUGGGCCACUGCGUCUCGGAGGACGAGGGGGGCGCCCACGGCUACGUCAACACCCUGGCUGUGGCUUCCCAAAACUGAGGGGUCUGGGGGCUUGCUCUGGAGUUGGGAGACCCCGCUCCCUGCGACCUUCCCUCACCCAGACUGCAUCAGCCUCUGUUUGGGGGAGGUAACUGUUAACAGGGCUGAGAGCCAGCGCUCCCCUCUGAACCCCUUGGGUCAAGACUGCUUGGAAGGAGACAGCCGCUAAAGAGAGGGGGGAGGGUCGCCGGCUCUCUUCUCCUCUCGACGCCCUUCCCCGAUCCUGGCCUCCAGGGGCGGGGCACCUCUGCUUCUUGCUUCUCCCGCCUCACCCUAACUCCUCUCCCUUGCGGGGGAGAAUGGAGGAAAGGGGGACCCAGGGCCUUCGGCCACCCCCCUUGCUUGGGCGUGCCAGCUUCUUUUAGGCUGUGGUUAGUGGUCCUUGACCCACACCUUGAAAUGACCCAGAAUCCCAUGCUCCCCUGAUGUGUCCAUUGCAUUUCUUCCAGAUGGCAGAUGCAAAGUCUGUGUGUGUGUGUGUGUGUGUGUGUGUGUGUGCACACGUGCACGCGUGUGUUGUUUCCUCGUGUCCACCCUGUGCCCCUCACAAUCAGCAGGAGAUCUGGGGAGGCCCGGUCCUCCCCACCACACACUCCUCAUUCCUACCCGGAUCUGUGGCCAUGAAUUCCCAGACAGAGCUGGGCUCCUGGGGGCUGCCCAGUGGCCCUCCUCCGAGGGAGAAGCUCACCCAGGAUCUUCCUCAAUGCCACUCCUUUCCUCUCAGCUGGGGGGAGGGGAGGGUCCAUACUCUAAGGACCAAACUACACCCUUUCUUGGGUGUUUCUACCUCCGUGCUUUCCACUUGUGUCGCAUCACACACUGAUGCUGCUUGCAAAAAAUGACAAAUACUCAGAUGUUGCAUUCAACGUGGCCACUGGAUCCAGCUGGGGUUCGGUGCCAGUGUUAUUACAGGGUCUGUGGAGGGUCAGCCAUUGGCUGCCCUCCCUCUCUCCCUCCCUCUGUGCCCAUAACUCCUAUCCUUCCUGCAGCUGGUUGCUGGCUGGGU